UUGUCGUAACAGGCCGCAGUUUCAGGCGAAAUACACUUUUUGCAUUUAGCUUUUAUUUUAAUAACAAUACCAAUAAAAAUGAAUAAAAUUACGUGUGCGUUUAUUUGUGUGCUGCGGCAAAGCAACAAAUCGUACAGCAGUGCCAGCUUGCUGGGUCGCCAGCUGUCCUACAAAAGCGAUUUAUCCCUGGACAAAAUCUAUCCCAAUGCUCGACUGCAGCUCUUCACCCCGCCUCCUCCUCCCAAUACACUGAGCAUUGAAGACAAGUUCAAUGGCUACAUACCGAUGGAUAAGCUGGAAAUCACGUACAGCCGCAGCUCCGGACCCGGCGGACAGCACGUGAACACGGUGAACACAAAGGUGGACCUAAGAUUCAAGCUGGCAGAAGCCGAAUGGAUACCGCAAAAGACGCGCCAGAAGCUGCUCCAGGUGCUGGCCAACAAAAUGAACAAAGAGGGUUACUACAUUAUUAAGAGCGAUCUGACACGCUCCCAGCAAAUGAACUUGGCCGAUGCUCUGGAAAAGCUGCGCUCGAUUAUACGCGUCCAAGAGGCGGGGGAACCUACGGGACCCAGUGAGGAGACCCUGGAGAAGCUGCGUCGCCGCCAGGAGAAGGCAGCUCGUCAACGCCUGCAGCUGAAGCGGGAACGGGCUCAGGUCAAGGCGGAUCGACAGCAACCCAAUGGAGUUGAUUUCUAGUUUCUUAUUACAAACAUUUGUUUACAUAAAUAUAUUGUUUAAUGGACAACAA